AUGCAGAUUUUUGUCAAAACCCUGACGGGAAAGACCAUCACUCUCGAGGUCGAACCAAGCGACUCCAUUGAAAAUGUGAAGACAAAGAUCCAAGACAAAGAAGGCAUCCCUCCUGACCAACAGCGUCUUAUCUUCGCCGGAAAGCAGUUGGAAGAUGGUCGUACCCUGAGCGACUACAACAUCCAAAAAGAGUCGACUCUUCAUCUUGUGUUGCGUUUGAGAGGUGGAAUGCAGAUUUUCGUCAAAACACUAACCGGAAAGACCAUCACACUUGAGGUAGAGCCGAGCGACUCCAUUGAAAAUGUCAAGACAAAGAUCCAAGAUAAAGAAGGCAUUCCCCCCGAUCAGCAGCGUCUUAUUUUCGCCGGCAAACAGCUUGAAGACGGCCGUACCCUCAGCGACUACAAUAUCCAAAAAGAAUCCACCCUUCAUUUGGUGUUGCGUUUGCGUGGCGGAAUGCAGAUCUUCGUCAAGACUCUGACAGGAAAAACCAUCACCUUGGAGGUUGAACCGAGCGACUCCAUCGAGAAUGUAAAGACCAAGAUCCAAGAUAAGGAAGGAAUCCCUCCCGAUCAGCAGAGAUUGAUCUUUGCAGGCAAGCAGCUGGAAGAUGGCCGAACCUUGAGCGACUACAACAUCCAGAAAGAGUCCACACUUCACUUAGUGUUGCGACUCAGAGGAGGUAUGCAGAUUUUUGUAAAGACCCUGACAGGCAAGACCAUCACCCUUGAAGUUGAACCCAGUGAUUCCAUCGAGAACGUCAAGACCAAGAUCCAAGACAAGGAAGGCAUCCCUCCUGACCAACAGAGGUUGAUCUUCGCAGGCAAGCAGCUGGAAGAUGGCCGUACCCUCAGUGAUUAUAAUAUCCAGAAAGAGUCAACCCUUCAUCUGGUGUUGCGUUUGCGUGGUGGUAUGCAGAUCUUUGUGAAGACCCUAACUGGCAAGACCAUUACCCUUGAAGUCGAACCCAGUGACUCCAUUGAGAAUGUAAAAACCAAGAUCCAAGACAAGGAAGGCAUCCCUCCUGACCAACAGAGAUUGAUCUUCGCUGGAAAGCAACUUGAAGAUGGUCGCACACUGAGUGACUAUAACAUCCAGAAAGAGUCCACCCUUCAUCUUGUUCUACGUCUCCGUGGUGGUAUGCAGAUUUUUGUCAAGACCCUGACUGGAAAGACCAUCACCCUCGAGGUAGAGCCCAGCGACUCUAUUGAAAACGUCAAGACCAAAAUCCAGGAUAAGGAGGGAAUCCCACCUGAUCAGCAGCGUCUUAUCUUUGCUGGCAAGCAGCUGGAAGAUGGCCGUACCCUGAGCGACUACAACAUCCAGAAAGAGUCCACUCUUCACCUGGUGCUGCGUCUGCGAGGUGGACAGUAAACUUAAGGUUCAUGAACUUUGCUUAAUGCAACAUAGACUAAGCAGGAACUAAAAAGUUUAAGUUAAAAGUUUCACAGUUGUUUUCAAGGAUAUUUCUAUUUCGUGUUUUUCUUUUCUUGAAGCCUCAGAAGCAGAAAUGUAAAGAGAUUUACAAAGUAGUGUCAUUAAAGUUUCACUGGAAGAAGUAUCUCAUGUUGUUGAUGUAUGUUGUAUUAUUUGGGGGUUCAGUUGUUUGUUUUUCGGCCAUUGUUUUAGAACAGCUAAAACUUGAGUUAGGCAAUUGAAUUGUUUUCCUGUGGAUGAUUACAGAAAAUGGUUUUGGAAUUAUGGGUUUUUUUCUCAAAGGGGUGUUGGGUGAUAAGAAGUUACUGUUUUGUAAUAUGGAAAAUAUUAUUGACACAACUAAUAGAAAAGAAAACCUUUUUAACCCAAUAGAAAAAGCAAUGAAGUCAAAAGUGCCCUUGUUUAAAAAAAGAAAAACCUUUGAAGUCUGUCUAGUGGUUGGUAAUGGACCAAUAUUUCAAUUUACAUGUAUUAAAACAAUACAUAAUUGGUGAUGUGGCCCAGGAAAUGAUCAUGUUUGAACCUCGGUUCUUGUGUAUAUUUGCAAAGUCUUAGAUUCAAAGUGUGAAAAUUAUUAGUUAAAAAUUGGGCUAUAAAAAUUUUUUAGAAAAGGCUUUCUCCUCGGUCUUGUCUGGGUAAAUAUCACUACCUGAUCCAACAUUAAAAGAAAAUGGUUGCAAAAUAAUGCAAAGUGUCUUUUAGUCAAAUGCUUUUUGCACUAAUUUUGUUGAAGAAAAAUGUAUGAGCACCGUAUUGAUUCUUGGUUAUGUAACAUUUUUUACGAGUGAAAAACAAAACAAUCUAUGACGUUAGGAUGUUAGGUAUGAUGAUAUGUUGGGUAUGCUGAUGAAAAGACAUCGAAAGGUUUCGAAACCUGCCAUCAGCAUACUGUGAGGAUUGUUUCAAUUCUAGGUGCUGCCAAAUUUCUGUUCACCUUUGUUGUUUUGAACCGAGUAUAAAACUCGAAGAAGUUUUGUCCUUACAAGCCAAAUAUAAAGCAACUUUGGUAUUAAACUGGACAUCUCACUUCUUUCUUUCUUUCAUAAUAGAGGUUAAUUUACAGAGUGUUUUCAGUCACGUGGCCAGCAUCUAUGCAACUUUAUUGGAACAAAAGAAAGCGUUUGCUUAAGAAAAGAGUUCAACUCCCACAGGAUUGGUUUGGGACACCAACAUGGCCGCAGUUUCAUUUUUUUGGGACACCGCCGUGACGUCAUGUGAAGAUAUUGGUAACAUAUAAAAAAUGUGCAUUAAGGUUUAAUUUUCAUGUGGAAUCAAAGGUCAGCUUAUCAAGACCGGGGUCCAUGGGGUUACUUGGGGUAAUUUUUGCUGGGUUUGUGCCUGUGGCCUCUGAAAACACCUACCCCAACUUGGUCACUCUAGGCUAAUGUAAUUCACUUAGCCACUUCAGCUUUGUACAUCCGGCUUAUAAAGCCUUUUAACUACCAGUAGGUCAGUUAUACUAAAAUGAAUUCCCACAAUUUUUUUUUUAAAUUCUUAGAUACAAAAACUUUCUUAACCCUAGAAUUCCGAACAAGCCCAUUCUAGUAAACUCUUUGAAAAUAAAAUCCCAUUACACUCAAUCCAGUCGUAAAAAUGUCAUCCCAUUCAGCGGCACAUCCCCAUUAACCUUUUAAUAGGAAGUACCCUCCCUGGGCUCUAUGGAUGGUAAGCCGUAGUUUCAUUGUUCAAUUGAUUAGCCAUCCCCUGAGUAUGCAAGCUUCAGCACAGCUUCAAUUGUAUCAGUACUCCAGUACCCCACUCAAUCUAGUUGACCCUGUUGAUGGGCUUUCAGGUUAUUAUACACUUGUAUACAAGAAGAGUUUACUUUCUGGAGCAAUUGGACACCAUUUUUGUACCCUGGGAAAGGGAGGACUGGCUUAGGAAAGUGUGUGACUAAAUCGCUGACAAGGUCUUAGUAAGGUUAAAUCUUUUAUUUAUUUUAACAACGAACUGAACACAUAAAUACGAACAACAAUUUUAUUCAUACUUGAUUGUGUAAAAAAAACUUACAGAGUCAUAGUAGUGCUAGUGAAAUCUAGGAAUAAAAAACGGUAUAUAGCUAUUGGAAAAAAUUGGAUUCUGACUUUGGUCUUUGCCUGUGGGCAACUCCAGACAAGAGAGCUCAUUCCUGGUCUUCACUUGUCAGGAUUUGCAUGAGUGUGUGGUGAAUUGCUACCCAUCAGUAAGUGGGAACACUGGUUUAAUAGACUAAAAUAAUGUAGACUACAAAAUUGUACUGAUAACAAAAGCGCAUUAAAAUGCUGUGGCCUUAAAUCAGUUAUUGUAUUCUCUUGUUAAAACAUUUGACUGUAAAGAAAAACUCGAGCUUAAAUUUAUUAAAUAACCUUUUACUAUUGGCCCUUGCCAUUAAAAUAAAAUUUAACAAAUAGCAUGACUAUAAUAUUUCUUGAUGUCUGUGACAUCAUUAUCUUUUAAAUUGUUAUAAUUAAAUCUAACUGUAUAAGCGAUACUACAAUACAAGUUGCUUCUUGCAGCCACUGAUUUUGAUUCCCUAGAGAGGAUUAGUAGUUUUGAUUAAGGUUCCACCUAAGAUUGUAUGUCAAGAAGAAAAAGGGAUACCUAAGGCUCUAGGGAAAUGUAUUUGGUGUAAACUGGGGAUUACAGGGUGCCCCAAAAAAAAAAAAAAAAAACCUGUCCCUAAUUACCCACUGCAGUAGGCAGCAAAUAGCUAGAAAGAAACUCAGGACUGCAGCUAGCAAGAGGCAAGACAAGGCACUUGUCAAAAAACAAAACACACACCAAACUGUUUAAUUGGAAAAUAACACUGCACGAUUUGAUUUUUCUGCAGAGAUACCACAUGAAAAUAACACAGCAAUGCUGAAAAAUUAUAGCAUUACAAAGUUUCUAGACUUCAAAUUUUCUGGGAGAUGCACCCAGGACUGUACUAGUGGCUUGUGUUUAGCAAUCACAGAUCUUGCCUAAUCUGUGCCAAAAGUCUGGCUACAGUCCAUAAGUAAUCUGUUUACCAUGUUGGCAACUGUCCCAAGCACUCUUCCAAGUAAUGGAGAGAGGAAUCAUUGGCAAAUGACAAUAACAGUUAUUAUUAUUAUUAUUAUUAUUAUUAUUAUUAUUAUUAUUGUUAUUAUUAUUCAUUCAUUCAAAAUAUUUCACCAUUUCUGUUUAUUCAGAGGCUAUUAACUACCCCGGCCUUCGACAUUCGGCAGUGACAUAUUGAAAAUGAAUAUGACCACCAACAUGCAGAUGUCAAGAUAUUUUCCUGAAAGAUAGUCUUCUCAAUGAUUCUACUUCAUUUUCAUUCCCAAAAAGUAGUUGCAUUUAUAAAAAUUUUUCACUAUCAUUUUCCAGUAUUUUUAAUUAAAAGUAAAAAAUAUUGUAAAAUUAAGAACUGUUAACUAUAGUACUGGGAUAACUAAACUAAGAAAAUUGUGGCAUGAAAAAACAAGAUCAGCAAAAAUACAAGAUUUCAAUAAUUAUUCUUCCACCUGGGAUCUUACUGACAGAAAAAAACUGAUUAAGUCUAGCUUAUACCUGCAUGCACUGUUACCAGAAAAUAUUUGUUACAUUUUAUGAACAAUUUUUAAAUAAAUAAAAAAAUAAACAAGAAAAAAAUAAAAAUUAGGUGACUGUUGGAAAUAUCAUUUUUUUUAAUCAAAAUAGUAAAACAAAACUAAAAAAAAUGUCACCAUUCCUGAAGAACACAGGGUAAAAAAAUUCUGACUAAUACAAAAUAUAAAACUUCCUAGUCCUGAGGCAGCUCUCUUAACUUAAUACAGCUGCAUCUAAUUCAACUUACAUAAUUUUCAACCAAGCCUUUUUUAAUUUGGAAGUUUCCAGGGUUGUUGAUGCUGUGUUAUUCUAAAAACUAAUCCAUACCCUUGCCCCUCUCCUCUCCCCGAAGUUAAGUUUUCAGCUUUGUUUGACUCCUGACCCUAAUUUUCCAAAGACUUUGCACAAGAGAUUUGGGGGGGUAUGGACAAUUUCUGAGACAAAGCACCCUACAAGUUUUCCUUGUUGUAACAGAACUUGACUCCAGUGUACUUGUCGCUGUACUGGUCUGACAUAUUAUGUUGGACGUGUGAUAAAACACUAGGACCACAGAAGAAGACUCCAAUUUCUUGCCUGGAAAUUUAAGGAAAAAGAAAGUGAUAAGAAAAAUUGAUAAAAAUUUCAUUGGAGCAGAUCGAAACAGAUCACUACCACGCAAUUCAUAACCAUUUUAAAGUUCCCCAAUCACAAGUAGAGGAGAAUUUUAUUCUUGGACUUUAAAUAAAUGUGGCUUCUUUUUAAUUAUUUAAGAAAACUUCAGAACAUAUCACCAAGUCAAGGAGAAUAAAGAGGGCUAAAGUAACCCUGAGAACACUAGAGACCAAACUUUUACAUGAGACAUAGCUGGAACUUGAUCUUGCCAGUAGGGAUCUCAUGCAGCAGAGGCAAAUUCUAAAUGAGGUCUGAUGGGUGUUACAUACUAGGCAGAACGCUUAUGUUCGUAUAGUUUGUAGAUGUUCAGAAACUGGCACUGAAUAAUAUAAGUUGAUCAGUCAGUUAAUAAUAGAACAAGAUGUUAAGUUGUAAUCAGAUUGAACAAGUUGAGCUCAGAUCUCAGUAAUACUGGCAAAAGUGAGCAAUGAGAUUUUGAGACUGUCCAGUAGGAUAUUGCGACACUGAGUCUUGGCAUAGACUGUUAAAUUACUAUCCCACAAGCAGGGAUCAGGAUGAAAAGUACACAAAUGCAACGUUAUAUCCAAGACAGGAGGGGUAACUUUUCUUUGUGAGCCUAUGAGGUAAGUCAGUCGUUUUGAUACAACCUUGUUUCAAUAUGUACUUAAGCAGUGAAACUGCACAACAGUUUCAAACACAAACACAUAAAGUACAGUUAGCACGUGAACAAGAAAAACAAAUGGUGUGAAUAUAUAUCAUUCCAUGAGCCAACUAAGCGAAACUAUUUGUACCUCGACUGACUUGACUUGUAUCGAAAGGACUUUGUACCGGAACGACUUGUAUCGAAACAACUUUGUAUUAAAACGACCCUUACUAAGCCCUGUAAGAAGCAGUGUUGCAAUCAUCAAAGCAGAGGGCGAUUUUGGUUUCUGUAUAUAGCUAAGGAAUUAGUCUUAUUAGGGUGGAAACUGCAUCAGGUUAAGAAGAAACCUACAAGUGUAUUGAAAGUAAAGGUUGAUUGAUUUAAUAGCUGGUAGAUUACAGACACAUAGUCAAUUUAUUUGGAUUGUAAGCCAGGAACCGCACAAAAACCAGUAGAUGCGAUACUAAUUAACGAUAAUGUACAAGAUAUUGUCUUGAAUGGAACGCAAGGCAGUACUAACAAACGGCAAACUACACAAAACAUCUCAAAAAGGAAUGAAAAAGGUUCAACCAUGCUGGCCUAAAUCUAUUAAGUGUAAGUUGAAUGAAAACAGCUUGCCUUAUCAAAGUGAAAAAAAUGCUGAUAAAAGUAAAAAGCUGGGUUUUUUUCCAUGAUGCACUGCACCACAUAUUGAAAAAAUGUAAAGUUUUUCCAUUGUCGGUUUUCUGUUUAGCUGCAUGUGUCAUGCAGUCACUUACCAGAGGUUGAAAAAAUAGAAAAUUCUAAACCUGUCAGCCGGAAAAGUGGUUGUGGUUGCUCACAGGAGGUGGUCGUUUACAAGAGGUUCCAGUAUAAGACUUUUUCUGAGAACAUUCUUGGUGUUUUGGGAAGGACUGGAAGAACAUGGAAGUUUGACUGUAUUAUAUGGAGCCUGGAGAAAGAAUGUCUUCUCUUUACAAGAGGAUGUAUUUAACAGGUGGAUUCCUUAGCCUAAGAACUGUUAGCCCUUUUGGGCCUUUUCACAGACCCAAAUGACAGAUGUCCCUACAUUUUUAUAUACUUCAACUAGUGAAAUUCCUACCCUUGGAUUGCAUCAGGAAAAAAAGUCCUCUAAGAGGACACAUGCUUUUUAUAUAACUGGCAGCGAAUAGAUGUGCUUGAACCAUACAAAAAAAGAAAAAGAGGGAUAUUGUAUAUUCAAUACAUCAAAAAAAAUAUGGGGGAUGCUGGAUAUCAAACCAGGGAGUGCUGCUGCCAUGAAUGCUAACAAGGACAUUUACUUUGCGAAGGGAAAAUUGAAAUUAUUUCAUAGUUCGAACUGACGAUGAUAAUUGCUGUUUUUUUUUUUAUUGUCACUUCUUUCCUGAAGUCAUCACUUAAGUACCUUAAUUUACCCCAACACUUUAUAUUAAUUAUGCUCCAGUAGAGUUAUACAUAUGCAUUAUCGACCAAGCUUAGCAUCACAUCAAUAUGGCUGACUGUUGGCCAAGUUCCCUUUUGUGUUUUUAUUGACCAAGACGAACAUAGCUGAGGUCAAUAAAAAUGCAGAAAAGAACGAGGCUGAACAUUAGCCAAUAAAGGAUUUAUAAUAAUGCCAAAAAGAGAACGUUUUUGCACAGGACCUAUGCCAAUCCUGAGAUAUCAAGCAGCCCAGGGAGAAAAUCAGAAACAAAAAAUUAACUUCACCUUGCCCACUCACAGAUUCAGCCAUUAGCACUAACACUAACCAUGAUAAGUAUUUUGGUGAUUUUUUCAGGCACAGCAUAAAAACUUAUAGUUUCAAUAGAUGUAUAUAAAAAUUAUAAUACUUGCUCUCCAUAGCAAAAGACGACAGGAAACAGUUUCAGUGCCUGAAAUAUGGUCUUAAACAACAAAACUGGCCCAAAUUAGUUCUAAAAUCUAAUUGAUGCCAAGACACACAUAACCAGCUACAGUGAAACCUCGAUUUAACAAAGUGCCAAGGAACUGGGGAAAUUUUGUUCGUUAUAUCAAGGGUUUGUCAGGGCUGUCAUUAAGUUUGAAGCAGCCGUUGCAAAAGAAGAUUCAUCCGUAACAUCUCACAAAUAUUUAUAGUGCUACCUUUUGCUUUCCACUUUGAUCACCUGUAACAUCAGGUGAGUUCAGCCAUAACAGGUGUUACGGGUUACGGCCCUCAAUGACAGCUCUGGUUCGUUAUAUUUAACACUUCUAUUUAACCAAUUUUCAGGAAAACUACCACGAUGUUCGUUAUAUCAAGGCAUAGUUAAUAAUUGAUUUAAAAAACCCAGCAUUUCCGGAUCUGACGAAAAAUUACAGCACUUAUAGAAACUCAAGAACGGGCAAACAAAACUGCUUAAAACUACUGUACACAUAAAUGUUAUCCUUGUUGGUCUGUUUGGUAUUCAUGUUUUAUCACAUGCUGACAUUUAUUCGUUAUAUUGAGGUAUAUUUUAGAUUUGUGCUUGUGGAUUGUGUUCGUUACAACAAGGAUUUCAUUAAAUCUAGGUUCUGUUCCAUACAUGUUAUUGUAAUUUUGGCCAGACUGAAGAAAAUCUUUCUUUAUACCAAGGACUUUGUUAUAUAGAGGUUCAUUAAAUUGAGGUUCAACUGUAUUCAGAACCUUGUCCCCCAUGACACAUCACUGAUCAUGUAGUCACACACUGUCAGUGUAUACAACUUAUUCCAAAAUGGCAACGACUUUAUUACUUUUUUAUGUUUAUGUUUAUUUGCCCUCGAUUCAUCAACUACAGCUAAAAAUUCUUUUGAAUUCUGAAGAUGCAAUUGAGGCAUCAAGGGCCAAUUAAAAUAGGGUGUGUUUUUGGGGAAAAUCCAAAUCCGGAUUUCCGAAUCCAAAAACGGAUCAUGAAUCCAUAAAAUCCACACUCAGGGUGGAUUCUUCGGAUCAGAUCCAAAUCCGGAUCUUUGAGAUUCACAAACUGAGCGUUUUAUUGGGAAAGGAUUUGAAAAAAGUAUUUUUGAGAAGUGAUUUUUCGAAAAAAGAAAUGGUACGCAACAGACGCCAUACGUGUACGACAUUCUAACUGAACCUAUGUUGGUGCCACCUUAUUAAUUUUGAGCCAUUAGUUACAUAUCAUUCCAUGUUUGUCAUCUUGUAUACUGUUUUGAAACCCAUACUUGUCAUGUUUUUUGUACGUAUGAAGUGUCUGCUUACACCGCUUUAUUUUCCAAGUAAAAAAACAAUUCAUCAGCUUCAGUUUAAAUAAUUCUUAUAAUUUCACUAUCCUGAGGAGUGUAUUCUAUUCGAGAAACGUUCGUAUUUCAAACCGAAAUAUAUACAUUUCGUAUAUUCAUACAAAUCUCAUGUUGCUUUUUCUUCUUGUCUUCGCCGUGAGGAGCAGUUUGUUGUUGUUGUUUUUUUUUGUUUUUUUGUUUUUUUGUUUUUUUCCACAAGGAGCAGGAGGACGUGCCGUUGUCGUGGUAAAUUAUCUUUUAUCGGAUCUUCCGUUUUUUUCGUAGUGAAGAAUCCAUAUGAUCUGAGAUCACAAAUCCGUUUUUGGAUUCUCCCGAAAAAACAAACCCAUAAUUGUCAGAAAAUAAUGAUAUGUCGCCAUUUUGGAAUAUGGUGUACGAGAUAUUGUUGUGGUGGUUGAAUCUCGAGGUCCUCGCUCUAAGUUUGUCAGUUGUGACAAAUAGUUAAAAUUGGAAAGGGUCCAUUAGCAGAGCUGAGCGAAGAGUAAUCUAUGCGGUUUUCACUCUCAAAGAUCUUAAAGAAGUACAAGAAUCCUCCAUACUGACCUUUUCAGUUCAUGGAAACAGUGGAAACCACUGAUCUUUUUCCCAUCUGAGAUCUGAGUCUACGGUCCUCGAGUCCAAAAUGUGGUAAGCUUACUUUCAUAUCUUUCAAUGUGCAUAAUUUCUUGCUCUUUACGAAUUGAAUCCUUUGCGGUUUUUUCUUUCAAAAACAACCAUCCAAAUUCACCGAAAAUUAAUUCCAGUAAAACACUCGCCAAACGAGAGCCGUUUUUCUUCACUACAUCGUGUUUCUGCUUACAUCAAUUUGACCGCCAUUUUAGCAAUCCCCAGGCUCUUUUCAGCCUCACUCAAGAGCCUUGGAAGACUGAUCGGGAAAACUGGGAACAUGUAGCAAUAGCGUGUGUGUGUUUUUAAUACUGUGUCUUAGAGCCGCUUGAAACAGCUUUACAAAGCCGGUCAAUGUCAAAAUUGACACCGGGUGACCAGAAUAGCGUCUAGAGAAUUUUAAAAGCGGAUUUUUCAGAGAAAAUAUCAGAAAUCGAUCCAUCAGAGAUAAAUGAGAAAGCGUAUAAGACCUUUCGAAUAAUUUCAGCAGACCCUUAAAAGAACGGCAAAGGAAUUAUACUAACUUGAUAAACUAAAUGAAUCAAAAGGAAAUCUUGCACACAUGGAAACUUCUGAAUGAAAUUAUUAAAAAAAAAACUAAAUUGACUUUUAGGUUAGUGGGUACCUUUGUCAAGGACGGAAAAAUGACUUAUGACCCAAACGAAAUAGCAGAACACUUAAAUGAAUACUUUAUCAACCUAGGGCCAAACGCAGCUGAUAAAAUCCCAACUAGUUUAAGAAACUUUGAUUCAUACUUGGGUGAAAGUAAUCUAAAUUCUAUAUUCCUCAAUGUCCUUAAUGCAGUAACGAUAAACGAAAUAGCAAGAGAAAUAGAUAAUUUAGGCGCUAACAAAUCGCCUGGUUAUGACGAGUAUCUCCAAAAGUUGUAAAAGCAAUUUCCAAACACAUAGUCGAACCUUAAACACAUAUAUAUAACCACACAUUUGACACGGGCAUUAUCCCUAGUGAACUUAAAGUUGCAGUUGUCACAUUAAUUUCUAAAUCAAAUGACAAGAAAUCGUACUCAAACCACCGACCUAUAUCAUUUCUCCCUUUUUUUAAAAAAAAAUUUUAGAGAAAUUAAUGUACAAGAGCAGGAGCCUAUCAAAUGGAGCCUCCAUCUCCCAUACAAGCCCUUGGAGUCAACCCUUUCCCGAGUAGAUUUAUAAUUAGACCGGUUCCCAGGGGAGACUUCGCGCGCCGACGGUGGGAAGAGCCAAUCACAACGACUAAAUGACACUGCUAUUGUACUUCAUGAAACAGCAGGAAAUCCCGUGCUGACAGGCCAAACAAAAUCAUAAGCUAGUGAAACGUGACUUUAGCGUUUUCAUCCCUCAGAGAUUUUCUUUCUUUUCUUUCUAGCGGGUAGAUUAUACUGUGGAGAGUUUUAAAGUCUGACUAUGUUAAUCUUAAUUUUGGUUGCUUGUCUCACAUUAAGCUGGUCUGUUACAUGCGUAAGGAUUAACUACUACCUGCAGUAUGUAGUUCUGACAGGAUUCGUUUUCUUUAGCCAAUUUUUUGAGCGUUAAGGUUCUUAUUUCGGCUAAAUGACUCAAUAUUAAUCAAAUUUCUAGUUUUUCAAGUUUUUACCCGAAAUGCGUUUGUCUGAAUGAAUACUGUAGUUGUUAUGUCCGUCAGUUAGUGUGAUGAUUCCCUGCUAUGUUUUGUAACGCCGAGCCCAGCCAUUGUUUUCUCGCAAAAAAGUGAUCUACAGAUGCGAAUUCGAAGGAAAGGAUUAGCCUAAACUUCUACAUUAAUUGCUGAGAAUUCUCCCGUUGGUCAGUCAUAAUUCUUUGGGCGCAGAUACAAUCCAUUUUGUUUUUCUUGAGAUAAGAGGGUCUUUGGACUGGAGCGCGAUGUCACAAAUUCCACCGUUAGCAAAUUACUUUUGAGUUAGCUUCACGGUCGAGCAACUGUUGUCUUCUGUUCAACUUUUCAAGUGCCAGUUUUAUCAGGCAACUCUCAUGGUGAUACAAGUCAGUUGUAAAGGAAGACUGCAAUUUUUCUAAAGCAUUCCUCCUUAGUUGCUACUUAGGUCAUCGCUUUUGCACGCGGUGCUUAACUGGCGAAAUCCACUCAACGGCGAUGACAAAAAUAAAUGAUCCUGGCACUUUUUCGGCGCUGAUCAUCGAAAAGUUUCAAAUCGUCCACAGAACGCUUAAUCGUCGACUCUUUUCAAGGUGCAUGCUUAAAUGUGGGAUGUAUGACGGCAAAAAAAAACAAAACAAAAACAAACACUCGCAAAGAACCUUUCCGUGAUCCUCAGUUCGCUUCCUUUGUCCCAUCGCUUCAUGCUCAGUCUCGGUCGGGUAAUUCAUUAACUUUUAUUUCAUCCCAGAUCCCAGCGGCUGUAAAACUGUAAAAAUGGACGUAUAGUAAAAAAGGAAAACGGUCGAAGGACGGGCUUCUGAGUUCGACUUCAUCCAACUUCAUUUUUUUCACGGUGACAUACGAGACUCACGGAAAUAUGACACUUUUCGCGGGAAACACGCCGUUCUAUUUAUAAAUCUACUCGGGAAAGGGUUGACUCAAGAAAUUAAUGGAGAUGGAGGCUCCAUUUGAUGGGCUCCUGACAAGAGAGUUAUUAAAUUUUUGGACAAGCAUAACAUCGGCUCCUGAUUUUAAGUGAAAGGCAAUACGGUUUUCGGAAAAAAGCUUUCUACAAAUUUAGCUAUAAUGGAACUUGUAGAAAGGAUAUCGAAAGGAAUUGACCAUAAGGCUGAUACACUAUAUGGGUGUGUUUUUAGAUUCUAGUCUUAAAACCAUUUGACACAGUGAGUCCUAGUAUCCUCUUACACAAACUUGAACACAUUGGUAUAAGGGACGGACCAUUAGAAAACUUAUGGGGGGGGCGAAGUACAAAAAAAUAUUCGCGCAAGGGAAAAUUAAAUGAAAAAAAUUCAUGCACGCCAAUUAAUCAUAAAAAAUAUUCAUGCGAUGGCCUAAAAAAAUUCAUACAAGGAAUUUGAUAACGAAAAAUAAUUCCUGCGGCUCGAAAAUCCCCCUCCCCCAUAAGUUUUCUAAUGGUCCGUCCCUAAGAGGAGUUGUAGUAGGCUGGUUUAAUAACUAUUUAUCAAAUCGCAACCAAGUUGUAAAAUAUAAGACGUCCAUUUCAAACAAAAUGACUGUAAAAUGUGGAGUACCACAAGACUCUAUCUUAGGACCUCUUGUAUUUGUAAUCGAUGUAAAUAAUAUCAAAAAUUCCUCUCAGAUACUGUCCUUUAUGUUUUUGUUGAUGAUACUAAUCUAUUCUUGAGUAAUAAAAACAUAGGUAAUCUUUAUAAAACUAUGAACCAAGAACUUAAACAAGUCAAUUUAUGGUUAACUGCAAAUAAGGUAUCCCUUGAAUUUAAUAAGACACACUUCAUGAUCUUUAAAUCUAAAAAAAAAAAAACGAAAUUGGCUCAUGGUGAAAAACUGAGUAUAAAUCAUCAUCCAGUUAAUUAAAGAAGUGAACUAGACAAAAUUUUUAGGAUUAUACAUCGACGAAAACUUCUCUUGGAAAUAUCAUAUUAGCCAUGUCACAAUGAAAAUGUCAAAAAUGACAGACAUUUGGGCCAACGCUAGACAUUAUUAACCUCUCAAAACCCUUUAAAUGUUAUACAUGACGAUGAUCUACCCAUUCAUAUUUAACGUACUGUAACAUCACUUGGGCAAGUACUUAUCCUACUAGAUUAAAUCCAAUUCUCAAGACACAGAAAAAACUUAUCAGAAUUAUGACUUUUUCAAGAUACACAGGAAAAUCAGGACCACUGUUCAAGUCCCUGAAAAUACUAAACAUCUUCGAGUUAAAUGCAUAUCUAACAGCCGUUUUUUGAUGUACUCACAUCAUCACGAGAAGCUACCAGCAUUCUUAGAUAACCUUUUCAAAACUAAUAAAAGUGUACAUUCUUGCAAUACGCGAUCAGCAUCGAACAUACAUAAGAAAAACAAAUUAUGGCAAAUAUUCCGGCUAUACGUUUUAAGGAAGCAAUUAUAUGGAACGACCUUCCCUCAAACAUAAGUUCGUAUAAUAUGUUAGAGAAAAAAGUCAAAGAGUACGUGAUUAAGAAAUAAUUGUAAUAGUUUUAGUUCAUAUCAGUUUGUAAAACAGGAAGUCUGCCGUCUUUAUUCUUUACAUCUGCUUAGAAUAACGCGGAGAGCGUCUAAAAGCUCUACAGAGCUUGCUUGAUCUCCUGCCUUGUAGUAAUGUCAUAGAUUAUUUGUGUAAAAAUCAAUGUAUGGUAACUAAAGGCACUUCUUCUCUCUUAUUUCGAAAAUUUGGGCAGGCAAAUGUUCUGGUCAGUGACACUCUUGCGUGGCAUCCUUUAAGGUGAUGUUACACGAUACAAUUCGCAACGACGAUUUUUAGCGCCACACAGUGUUGCAAUGUUGGAACAAUAUUGUAACCAUUCAAAACAAUACCGCAACAAUGUUGCAACGCUGUGUCGUGCUAAAAAUGGUCGUUGCGAGUCGUCUCGUAUAAAUCACCUUUAAAGAAAGAGAAAGAGGCCAGCCAAUUACCGAGUGGAAUAUGAUGACGUACGUCAAAUUCCACUCCGCCCAUAGUGGUUUCAAAUAAAUGGCCACGUUUAAGCUUAAAAAUAAAACAACAAAUAGUGUACAUGACAAGCCGUUUUCAAGUUAUUGCAUUUUGACUUAGCUUCCUACUGAAGUAAAUUAGCAACUCACAACUUCAGAAUUCCUUUGUGGGUUCAGCCAUGGGUUAUUCAACUGACUCAAGUGUUCCUUGAAUCAAUUCCAGAAUGGCUUUAUGUUAGAUUUGUAAAGUUGACACAGUGUCCACAUGUGAACCAUUUAUCAUGAUAUUUCUCGGGUACCAAGCCAGCCCGUCCUCUCACAUGAACACAUCCUGAAAAAUUUUAUCACGGAUUAAGAGGUAAGGCGAGGCCAACCCGGUCAACCGGGCUCACAAAGGCUCUUAGUUCGUCUGUUUGUUCUUUGGUAAAUGACAACCACCGGAGCAGGAUUUUGUUUAGGAAGUUUUCAAGGACGACGUUCUUGUGAAGUCUGAUGUCUCUGCCGCUAGGUGAAACAUUUUCUGGUUUUAAGAUACAGAGACCAGUCCAAUGGGUCUAAUGGGUCCUUUUCCCGCCACACCCAUUUUUUUAAGGGAAAAGCCCUGGGGACGAGGUUGCUCCGGACCCAAAACUCUCUUCUUUUCAAACACAAGGCAAUGAGAUACCUAAAAUCUGUGCCCCCUAGGCUUGCUAUAGCCUGAGAAAACAGCCGACAUUUCGCGACGCCACCACUCUGACCACUGGUUUCCCCGCGAAAUGACAUUCAUGUGUGUUGAUCAGUUGCUACUCGUGGACGUGUUUCCUCAACUGUACUAUCUAACUUGUGCCAAAAAACAACAUUGGCGGACUUCCGUUAUAAAUCGUUAAAUCAUGAAAAAUCGAUAAUAUCGAUUUGACACAGCAAUUCAGUUUAUCGAUUUUCACCAAUUUCCGUUAUCAAUCGAUAAAAAUCACUUGAUUGCUACCGAUUUUUAUCGAUUGACUACUCCGGGACGACGUUUAACAAUGCUGUGUUUAAGUGGUUUUGAACUAUAUUCUUGUUGGGUGCCCCUGAUUAAUUGAAAUGAACAUGGCUUGAAAAUUGAAAGCUUUAAAGCUCAGUAUUUUAUUACGGACAACAUCACGACUCGACUGACAGUUAUAUGUACAUGGCUCGGAUCGGUGCUGGGAUGUCUGUCGAGUUUGCCCGUCACAAGUUGAUCAAUAUGGCUUUAGAUCUAACAAGACCACAGUUGAUUAGCCUGUGAACAGCUCACUGACAGCUGCCCCCUCCCUUCAAACAAAAUUGUGUUUGAGAGGAGGGGGUGGCUGUUCACAGGCUAGCUAGGUUCAAAGGAAAGUAAUUCUUCUAUUAUUCCGCGGCAAACUUAUAUAUUUUGUUACCUGUAAUAAAGUGGCUAAAGCCGUUAAACAGUGCUCAAUACACUUUUUAAGUGUAGAGCUUUGAAUAAGAAGAUAUAACGAAGAGACAAAAUUCUCUGUUACUCCGAGUUUCGUGCUCACGCACUCAUCAGACAGUAUUUAAUGGAGAAUAAACCUAUCAAGUUAUAUAUAUACACGCGUCUAUUGAUUACAAAAAGCAGGGCAGUGCGGUUCUAAUUACAAUUAGGUGUGAGGAAAAACUAAUAGAGUGUUGUUUUUGAGUCAAUUGUUCCUAAGGUAAAACUUGUUUUCGUGGCGGCACUUGGAAAUUAGUUCUGAUCUUUUAUUUUGUUAUUUCUUAUAUUUUGUUACCAUCAGGGAUGUACUACUUUCCAGAUAUACAAAUUAUUAGAAAUCAAUACUGAGGAGAGAUUAAAAUCGCAACAAUAUUUCAAAAUAAUUUCCCCUUUCCUUUCACAGGGGAACACAGUAGCGUUAUAUAUACAUCAGCCUAUCAAGCAUCCGUUUCUUCCAGGAAAAGCGGAUGUUGCCCAACGGGAAUAUGUCAAAAACACACUAGUAAUUGGCUCGGCUCAUUUUAGGCUUUAGCCCCGCCUGACAGCCAUCACAUGACAUCGAGGAUGAUAAUACAAACUGUGGAAUUCGUAGGGGAUUCGUAAGUUUCGCUUUCGAUAGCUAGACUCGGUCGAUUUAAUCGAAUGGGUUUUGCGGCAUUCAUAGUGAGGAUUCAGUUGGUUUGAAAAUGACCGAAAACAACCAUGAUAGAGUGGUUGCUCUUAAUCUGGCGAUAGGAGGAGGCUUCUUUGGAGGCAUUAUCGUAACCUCACCAAAUAAGGACGAAUUCAUAAGCAGCCCAGUUCCAAGCGAUUCGGGAUCUCAACAUUGUCCAUCGUUCUCUGUUGAGACAAUUCACAUCUCCUGCCAGUCAGAUGCGUAUCAAGGAACUGAUUAUUGUUACGCUGGUGUCAUCAUUUACUCCUGCGAUGGCAAAUCAGAGUGGAAAACCGCCAAUGGCACCCGCUGUAAGAGUGGAUAUCUUGUGAUUAUGGAUACCGGGACUGAGAAAGUGAAGAAAUAUCAAGGAGAAAGCCCAGGGCUUGUACAUGGUGCUGUUUACAGGAGCGCUUUUGGAGAAGAAUGUUCCACAAGGAAGGUAAACGCUGAAGGAUUCUCGAUUAUUAAAGGAGAGUUCAAGAUAAAUUCUGACGUUUUCAAUCCAGCAAAAGAUGGUUACCACGAUGACAAACGAUUCAUGCAUCCAGUUUCGGCUGGUUGUAUUGAGAAAGUAAUUGAAUUUUGGAAGAAUGCAGGAAACGACUACCACAGUUGUAGGAAUUUUGCAGUCAAGGAUUUGCUCAGUGAUUUGCCUAGUUCUUAAAUUUGCUCACCAUUCACUGACAGCUCACUGACAGCACUCUACAGAGGGCCUAAAUAGGCUUUGCUGCAUGGCAUUCAGGAAUUCAAAUCUAGCUACCACUUCAGCACCGAAAGAAAUAAGCGCUGCAUUACUCACUUCAUUAUGUGUAUGAUACCCUUUGCCAAACUUGAGAUCAAGUAGAGUAGAGUAUACAUCACUUACAUACAUCACCUUUAUAUACCCUUAGAUUAACAGUGUAUGUAGCUCUUAAAGCUUAUAUCUCCGAGAUAGAAGAAAAUAAAUAAUUUUAAAUUACUUUUAUCUCCCUAUAAGUAAUUUCGUAGACUUCAGGCCCUCAGGGAGUCUAUUCCACAGUGUUGUAGAUUCGUACCUAAACAUAAAAUGUAAACCGUGAGUUGUAGUCUUACCGUAGGGAACAGUAAGUUUGUUUGUUCCCCUCAUAUGACUUAACGCAAAUUAGCGGUUAAAACUAGAAUUGUAACUGAAACGCUAGCUGCGAGUAUGAUGUAAUUGGCAGUACUACAUCAUAGCGUUUAUAAUUUCGCGAAUUUCGAGCCGAUACAAAAAAAAUCUCGAAAUUAAAGUGACGCGAACGGUGAGUUUCGCAAACAUAACAUGACUCAAAAAUUAAGUGACUCACAUUAUGCCCAUAAUCAAGAAAGAACGACUUUAUUACCACUGAAACGUUUACAAAUCACAGUUUUUACUUUUCGGAUGAAUUGUCGGUGUAAACGGAUGCUGUGGUCAAUUGAUUCAGAACAAUAAUUCAUGUACAAGCAUGAACUGCUUGUACAUGUGAGAACUGCUUGGUUUUUCUUAAUUUUGACGUUAUCUCACGGUCCCUUUGAUAAAGUCGUUUUAUUUAAUUCAAAGACAUGUUAAAUAAUAAUGCCCAUGAAAUAUAAAUUGUUGUACUCAAAAAAGCGAAUUUAAAGUGAUUCAAAAUGUAAGAUUUUCGCAAAAUCGCGAAAUUUAUUAGUGUCGCCAAAUAUGUGCACAUCAAAAUCGCGAAAUAAACAUGUCGCGAAAAUUUCAUGUAAAAGGUAUUAUAAAUUUGUAUGGCCCGGUUCAGACACCGAACUUUUCAUGAGCCGAACCUUAUUCGAAUUAAGGCCGACCAAAAUUAUUUAGUCCAGUCUGAAUUGAUUCAGACGCCGAUCAUAAUUGCAGCUCAACUAAGUUCAAACUGAGGCAAAAAAUGGUCUUUUCGGUCAAACUGCUUGCAAAAUACGGUAUAACAAUUUAUGCGUUAGCUUCGGUACAUGAAAAGUUCGGCGUCUGAAUCAAAGCCGUUCCAAAGUCGCUCUAAAGGCUAAAUUCCCGGCCGGGCUAGGCGAAAAGAACCGGUUAAGCCGUUCCAAAUUGAAACACGCGUUCGUAAUUGAUUCACACGCCGAACUUUUCAUGUACUUAAUUCUCAAUCAAUGGUUAGGUUCGGCUCAUGAAAAGUGCGGCGUCUAAUGCAUCAGUCAAUUCCACCUGCGCCCAGGCCCCCCCCCCCCCCGGGCUGACCCCCGGGAAUUAGCAUUUUUUUUGCCUUGGAUGGCAAAUUCCGGGGGUGCCGUGGGGACUCUUGUGCUGGCAAAUCCCCCGGGGUGGGGACGAAAAAAGAGGGCAAAUGCCCCGUCCUCCAUCAACAGUGCAACAUUUUUUAUUGAUCACACAGUCCAAUAGUGCCAUUUUAAUGUGCGAUUUUUUGUUUUAAUUAACGUCUUCCUUUGUAAUAGCGCUGGGAUUAUAUUCUAAUUAAGACUUCACGCCGCCACGACAUUCACCAGUUUAUGGUUUUAGUAUUGAUGUAAAAGUAUUGACAUUAAAAUUAGCAAAGCGCUGUAAAGUUAUAUGUUAUGAAUAGUUUUAUAAAUAUGAAAGGGUGUUCUUCAAAUAAUAUCAACAGAAAGUUGAUUCAAUAACCAAAAAACGUUGAUUCACAUCGAUAGCUCCAAUUUCGCUAUGUAAUUCUGGCUUGAUAAGCAAUGAAGAAAUGCAUACAUACAUGUAAAAUCGUGAACUGGCCUUUACAACCCUCUUCAAUUUAUUCCUGUCCUUGACAGAUGAGCCAAUCUGCUUUUUUUUUCCAGUAAAACCUUCUGUGUAGUUAUAUUCUGAUAGGAAACCGCGUGCGUGUCAAAAGCUCGGGAAUGGCCCGGGGGUUGGCCAAUGCCCGGCCCUGGGCAGUGCAAAAUUUGCAAAUGCCCCACCCCCGGGACUGACAAGGCGGGUAAACGCCCCGCAGUAGCCCGGGGGGGGCUGGGCGCAGUUGGAAUUGACUGAUGCAUAAUUUCAAACAGAAAAUCUUAUGAGUUUGCACCUCAAGACAAUAAACCACAACUGUGUUUCUUCAAACAAAUUAAAUUUCUGGAAUGAAAGCCACAGCACCUCUAUUGAUUUCAGACUUCCGUGAUGCAAAUCACUUUAAAGGUUAUUCGCGAUUGCACCUCAAGAACCAUUUAUUUGUUCCUUAAUAAGGAUACACUCUCUUUUAAUAAGAAUAUAUUUUAUAACCGACCUAACCAGUCAUAGAUUUGAAAUAAAUCAGGUAAUUCUCAGCAAUCUCUAAAAAGGCAUAUGUGGAGAAUCUUUAAAAGCCGUUCUAUCCCACCUCUCUGCGUACGGUCCCUGUCGUGUGACUUUGAAGAAAUUAGCAGCUGUCGGGGCCUGGUUAAACUGGUUAAACUUCUUUAUUCUGACUUCGGAAUCGGUGACGGGUCUCGAACCCAGCAGAGUUUGAGAAACAAACAAAAUAGUGAUGGCACCAGGCAGUAGCAAGAUGGACUGAAGAGAAAAAAAUCCAAUAUACGUAGGUAUUUUUUCGUAGAGCAAACAGUACCUUUGCGUGCUGCUUGUGCUGGGUCUGUAUUGCUCACCAGCAUUCGAUCACAGUUUUCUGGUAUUAAAAGGCAGCUUGUAAAAGCUUUAGAGCCUAUCCUUUUAUUACGGACAACAUCACAGCUCGACCGACGGUUGUAGGUACAUGGCUCGGUGCUGGGACGUAUGUCGAGUUUGCCUGUUACAGGGUGGAAAUAAAGUUCCUCCUCCAUUUUUCAAACUCCUUAGUUUCUUGCCUGCGUGCAGACGUCUCCUAUUUCCUUUGUUGCACGCGGGAAAAGUCCCAAGGAAAUAGGAGAUGUCUGCACAACUUACUUUCCAGAUGGGGGAUUGUAAUGAUUAGAAAGAGAAAUGAAAAACAACCACUCUUCCCCCGUCACAGAAUACCUAACAAAUCACUUUGUUAAGCAUCCGUACCGUCACUUCCAAGAAAAGCGGAAUGUGACAAAUGAGAAAAUGUCAAUUGAGCUUUCGCCCCACCUGACAGCCAUCAAAUGACAUCACGCAUGUUAAUACAAAGUACAUUUCAAGGGAAUUUUAUAAGUUUCGCUUUCGAUAGUCUGAAUUCCAUCGAACGGGUCUUCCGGAAUUCAGAAUAAAGAUGAAAAACAUCCAAAUGCUCUUUCUCCUAAACCGUGUAAUGUGAAUCAGUCUGUAAAGCAUUCGUUUUUAUAUGAGUUGACAAACGUGAACCUGAAGAUAUCAAAACUAUGACUCAGGAGUCAGAUAAGUAAUUCGUUUAAUCAAUUUGGACUUUUAUCCCACCUGACAACCGCCAAAUAACAUCCGGGAUGUUAAUACAAACUGCACUUCAAGGAAAUUCGUAAGUUUCGCUUUCAUUCUGUUAUUCACAGUAAGAAGUUUGUUUGUUCAAAAAUGGCUGAAAACCAAAGAACGAGCAACCAUGAAGACAGAGCAGUAUUUGUUGACAUGUGGAAAGCAGGAAGUGGAGGCUUCUUUGGAGGCAUUAUUGAAACCCUGCCAAAUAAUCGCGAAUUCACAAGCAGCCCAGUUCCAAGCGAGUCGGGAUCUCAACAUCGUCCUUCGUUCUCUGUUGAAACAAUUCACAUCUCCUCAAAGUCAGAUGCGUAUCAAGGAACUGAUUAUGGCUACGCUGGUGCGAUCAUUUACUCGUGUGACGGAAAAUCAGAGUGGCAAACCGCUAAUGGCACUCGCUGUAAGAGCGGAUACGUUGUAAUUAUGGAUACUGGGACUGAGAAAGUGAAGAAAUAUCAAGAAAAGAGCCCAGGGCUUGUACAUGGUGCUGUUUACCGAAGUGCCUUUGGAGAAGAGUGUACCGCAAGGCAUGUCAACGCGGAAGGAUUCUCGGUUUUGAAAGGAGAGUUCAAGAUCAAUUCUAGCGUGUUCAAUCCAGCAAAAGAUGGUUACCAUGAUGACAAACGAUGCAUGCACCCAGUUUCAGCUCGUUGUAUUAGGAAGGUAAUUGAAUUUUGGAAGAAUGCAGGAAAGGACUACCACAGUUCUAGGAAUUUUGCAGUCAAGGAUUUGCUCAGGGAUAAUCGGCAAGACAGGCCACCCUUUAUAAACAGCACAUUCUGCUACUCCGCGCCACCUCAAUUUCAGAUUUUUGUCGAAACUCUAACGGGAAAGACCAUCACACUUGAGGUAGACCCGAGCGACUCCAUUAAAAAGGUCAAGACAAGGAUCCAAGACAAACAAGGCAUUCCCCCCGAUCAGCAGCGUCUUAUUUUCGCCAGCAAACAUCUUGAAGAUGGCCUUAACGUGAGCGACUAUAACAUCCAGAAAGGAUCCACCCUUUAUUUGGUGAUGCGUUUGCUUGGCGGUUUUCAGUCGUAG